AUGGAAUUAGUUGAAGAGACCUUUCCAAAAGAAGGAAUUAAGAUGGGAGAAAAAAGAAUUGUGGUCGACAAAGCUUAUCUCUACGAAGAAGACAAACCACUCACCGUCUGCAAAACCUCUCUCUUCUACACCGGCGAUGGUUUCGCCGCCUACGACUGUAACGGCGAUAUCAUCUUCAGGGUCGAUUCGUACGGACCCGACACAAGAGAUAACGAUGAGUUUGUCCUCAUGAACGCCACCGGAAAGUGUCUCCUCACCGUUAAACGAAAGAGACCGACUCUGCACCAGAGAUGGGAAGGUUUUCUCGGGGAGAGAUCGGAGGGUCAGAAACCGAUCUUCAGCGUUCGGAGAUCGUCGAUAAUCGGACGGUGCACGAUGGAAGUAGAUGUUUACGACGGGACAGGAGAAGAGUACACGAUCGAUGGAGACUUCUCGCAACGAAGCUGCCUCAUAUACGACACAGAGAAGCGAACUGUGGCUGAGAUCAAACGCAAAGUGGACGCGUCAACGAACGUGAUGCUUGGACGAGAUGUGUUCACUCUCGAGGUUAAACCCGGUUUCGACGGCGCUUUUGCGAUGGGUUUGGUCCUCGUGCUUGACCAGAUCAACGGUGACGAUCCAGUUGAGAUUGGUGAUGAGCAGGUGCAUCCUUUUGUAGAGGAUUAG